AUGAUUAAAGGAGAGCAGGCAACUCUGAAGCAUGAGAAGCUAGAGGCUGGGGAUGACCAGAUCGGAAGUUGUCGGAUGGUGUCAUGUUACGAGUUGCACAUGUCGGGGUCCCUGGGGUCACACGGAGUUGGUGCCAACACCCCGACCGCCUGCUGCUUCUCCUACAUCUCCUGUCAGAUCCCGCGUAAAUUCGUGGACGACUAUUAUGAGACCAGCCACCAGUGCUGAAAGCCCGGUGUCAUCUUCCAAACCAAAAGAGGCCAGGAGGUCUGUGCCGACCCCAAUGAGGACUGGGUCCAGGAAUACAUCACCGACCUGGAGCUGAGAGCCUGA